CACCUUCGGUUCUCCGUCACGCUCCAAGGCCUUCAGUCUCCGUUCAUCUUACUGUAGGCCGGGACGACAUGAGCAACAAAGAAGGAUCAGGAGGGUUCAGGAAAAGGAAGCACGACAAUUUCCCACAUAACCAAAGAAGAGAAGGGAAGGAUGUUAAUUCAUCUUCACCUGUGAUGUUGGCCUUCAAAUCUUUUCAGCAGGAACUUGAUGCAAGGCAUGACAAGUAUGAAAGACUUGUAAAACUUAGUCGGGAUAUAACUGUUGAAAGUAAAAGGACAAUUUUCCUCCUCCAUAGGAUUACAAGUGCUCCUGAUAUGGAAGAAAUACUGACUGAAUCAGAAAUUAAAUUGGAUGGUGUCCGACAAAAAAUAUUGCAGGUAGCCCAGGAGCUAUCAGGAGAAGACAUGCAUCAAUUCCAUCGAGCUAUUACUAUAGGGCUACAGGAAUAUGUGGAGGCUGUCUCUUUUCAGCACUUCAUCAAAACACGAUCACUAAUUAGUAUGGAUGAAAUUAAUAAAGAGUUGAUUUUUACAACAGAAGACAAUGGAAAAGAAAAUACAACACCCUCCUCUGAUGCACAGGAUAAGCAACUUGGUACAUGGAGCCUGAAAGUCACACCUGUUGAUUAUCUUCUGGGAGUGGCUGACUUAACUGGAGAAUUGAUGCGGAUGUGUAUUAACAGUGUGGGGAACGGGGACAUUGAUACUCCCUUUGAAGUGAGCCAGUUUUUACGUCAGGUUUAUGAUGGGUUUUCAUUUAUUGGCAACACUGGACCUUACGAGGUUUCUAAGAAGCUAUAUACCCUGAAACAAAGUCUAGCCAAAGUAGAAAAUGCUUGCUAUGCCUUGAAAGUCAGGGGUUCAGAAAUUCCAAAACAUAUGUUGGCAGAUGUGUUUUCAGUUAAAACAGAAAUGAUUGAUCAAGAAGAGGGUAUUUCUUAGAAUAGCAUUACUUAGUUAUUUUUCUCUUGAAAACUCCUAAGAGAGACCAAUUUGUAAGACUGUUAUUCAGUAUAUAAUUUGACUUUAUUGUGGCUUUUACGUAGAAAUGUUUUCAGUUGUACUUAUUUUAAAUUGUAUACAAGCUGUACAUAAAGUUAUCCAAAUGAAUCAUAUCUUAUUCAUAAAAAUUUGCAUUAAAAUGUUUGCAUAUAUGCCUAUUUGAAUUUUUGCUGGUUAACCGUCAUCACAUUUGUUUUUGUGACGUGAACAUGCUUCAGAGUACACUUUUUAUGCCAAACUUGUUUUAAUUUACCUUGUGUGAAUUUUGGAGUACUACUAUUUAGUGGAAGCCAUUUAUAAUUUAAAUUGGUGAUUUUGUUAUCUAUAGAAAGAUUUCUUAGAUACACAUCUUAACUUGAGCUUCCUGUUUAAAUUUCUUGGUAUUACUGUGCUACACUUCCAAAAUAGGCUUACUUAAAAAAACUUAAAAAUUAUUAAAAUAUUCUUUAAAUAUAAGUUU